UGUGUCGCGCGCCGUGACAUGCGUGUGACCUUGGCGGCGGCCGCGCUCUGCCCCAUGCUGGUCGGCGAGGUUUCGUCAAAGUACUGCGAUGGAGGACAUUACUGCUCCCCACCCAAAGAAUGCUGCACCCUGGACUGUUGUUACACCCCCUUCUCACCUCCAGGGUACCACCCCCCAGCCGUGCCUCCACCAGCCCAUGUGUUCAACAUCGUCAUGUGGAACCACUGGUACUUCUGGUUCCUGGUGCUGUUCGCCGUGCUGUCGUGCGUGGGCUGCUGCAGCCUGUGGCGGCGCUGGCGGCCGGGCGGGCGGCGCUGCUGGCGCGCGGACCGGGACCGCGCGGCGGGGGAGGACGACGACGAGGACGAUGAGGACGAGGACGAUGAGGCGAGCUCCGGGCGGCGCUCGUCGCACUCGUGCUGCCCGCCGCCGCCGCACGCGCCGCACUACAGCCGCUGCCGCGCGCCGCCGCCCUACGCCGAGGUGACCGCCAAGCCAGACCUCUACCCGCUCGUCAUCAGCUACGGCGACUCGGGCAAGCCGCCCGCCGCCGGCUCCUACCUCAUGGUGCAGUACUUCCGCAACUACAUCGUGCGGCCCGUGGGUUCUCUGUCUGCAACCAGCACAGCUGACUCCCUGAGCUCAAGUUUUCUUUGCAGCGCUACAAACGAGGCGAACUGCGUGGUGCCGCCUCCUUACUCGUCCAGCCUGGACGGGCUGACGGAGCCCUCGGAGAGCCUGCCGGUGCCCGCGCCGCCUCCCCCGCCGCAGAGCUUCGUGUCGGCGACGGCGCUGUCGACGACCGGCUCGGACGUGAGCAGCCUGGCGGGCGGGGGGUCUCCGCCCCAGGCCACAUCGCCCACGCAGGAGAUCCGCGAGAUCCUCGACAAGAUCCAGCAGCUGCCUUUGAGCCCCAAGCGGCGCGCCCCGGCGGCAGCUGCGGGGCACCGCCACUGGCUGCCGCGCUCCGCCCCCACCACGCCCUCCGGGGUCGCCCCGCCGGGACCGCUGCUGCCCCCGGCGCCCCGGCCCUCCUCCGGGGGCAACAGGCGGUGGCACGGGUCCGCCGGCGGCACCGAGGACGGCAGCCCCUUGCUGGGCGAGCCCGGCUCCGGAGACGAUCAGGACGGCUCCGACCAAGUGUGACUCCUGCUUCUGGGCCAAGAGUAGCUCCCCGUGCCUCGGCGAGAUCCCCACCCCCCGAGUGUUCGCACAAGUGCGCCAGUCACAUCACCAUGCUUUUUUUUAUCCCCCUUCAGAAAAUUCUAAAAAAGGCAUAUCCAGCCAACCACAACUCGUAUCUCCCUUGCAACAAUUCCACAGAUGUGCCACUUGUACGAGAAUUAUAAACAUUCUAUCAGGGCACGUGGCUAAUGAGUAGCCCUACUCUAACUCUCGUCUUUCAGAAAUGUUCUAGCUAGGGUACUCCUACCAUCAACAUCUUAAACCUCCCCGGCGACAGCUGAAGGGAGGAUGGGAGUGCCUGUGACAUCAUGGACGACUGUUCUGCUGCGAGGGCAGUACUGUUUCGAUGUCAAAAAAAAAUUCCUGCGAAAAUGCUUGGCUCCGCCCUGCUGCUAGGAUUCCUCGGACAGCCUCACUCCAUCGGGACGAUGCUCGUCCUCUCUCUACUAAUCGCAUAACCAGACUGUUACUGACAGCUUAAGAGAGGCUGGGGGUUUCCUCUACUUUUACAUACUGCCAACGGAUAUCAUCAUUAUUUUAGUAAAAUAUUUGGCUGAAUCCUAAAUAGCCAAAUAACUAAAAGAAUGGCUUAAACAUGAAACGACAUUUUAUGGAAAUACAUGAGCCAGUGAUGUUAAUUUUAGUUUUAUUCCAUAAAUAGCAAAUAUCUCGUGCAUGCUUCUCGACAAUUUGUAGUGAACUGAACUAAAUUUUCUCACAUUCCUCAGUACUGGUACCAAAUGUGUUUUUUCUUAGUGUUAAAAUACACAUAUUUCGUUUGAAUUUGAAGAAAAAAAAAGUUAUAAUGAAUGUGCUACUAGAACAUAAAACAUGGUCACUAUUGAAGUGAUGAUUUGAUCAAUCUGAGAAAGCGAGUAUCCAAUUAAGUGGUAACCCACAAAUUUACCAGUAUGGUGCAGGACUUACAUGAAAGGCGAAUGCGUUAUUGGCAAAAUUUAGGUCAUCAUACUAGUUCCUAUAUUAUGUUGAGACUGUUGGCUAAAUUCUUGUGCAGAAUGUAUUUCUGAAGCAAGUAACCAAGAAAAACUCAACACCACAUGGUGGCUAGAAAAUUAAUUCGAUAGCAAUAUAUUGUGGUGUUUGUUCUUUCCUAAAAUAUUUGUAAACUUGCUUUUUACCAAGUAUUCUUUAAGUUUAAUACAUGAUAAAAAUACGGUGUAAUAAUUGAAUUUGUCUAAAUAUGCUCGCAGUAUUGGCCAACAAAUUGUGGAAGACUACGUAUAGUCUGAAAGAUGGUGUAGAUUAAACUGCCUAAUUUGUAUGAAUUUUGUUUAAAACUUUUGCGAAGUUAUAGUUAAUAUUGCAUAAUGUUACGAGCAUGACUGAAAAUAAGGCCAGUAAGUUUUGCUUCCGUGACUAUUUUGAUUAUUAAUGAGAAGUUUAACUGAUUGUCUUCCAAAUUGUGUUUGCUCUUAUUAGUGACUGUCAACGCAUUCAUGUUUUUCGCAGAACCAUAAUCAUGGAGAAUGUGUUGGAAAUGUGUGCCGGGAUUACGUGCAGUGUUGUAAACAUUACACUUCAAAUCAUACUAUCAUGGUCAAGAUGCCUUACACAAGCUUACAUGCGACAGGAACAGAAUCACCAACAAAAGUUCAUCUUGCUAAUAUAUAUAGCUAUUAUAUACACUAUUCAUUGUAAUGACAAACAUAUAUAAAUAUUGCAUUGUUAAACAUUACUCCUGCCUACAUCAUUGGCAUUUUGUACAUAAAAUUAAAUUUUUUUACAAAUUCUUAAAUUCUAGAUGGUCAUCUUAAUAUUCUUCUGUAUGUGUCAAAAUUUUAUAGCUUGGUAUUUACAUCACAGCAGUUGGCUAUCAAAGUUCACUUAAACUCCAUUAUACUUUAUCAUUUUAUGUAACAGUAAUAACAUGUGCUACAACAAUCGCGCACUGACAAUAAAAGUAAUCAGUAACCGUAACAGUAAGCUUGAGAUCAAUGGAAUGGUUUUCAGAUAAAAUACUUUGUAGUGGUCUCAUAUUGUGCCAGAUUUGUUAUUUGUUAUUUAUGUGUUGCUGCAAAGCAAUUAAAUGUUAUUGUUCAUGUC